AUGGAGGAAGCGAUCGAGGAUGCGCUCCAAGCCGAGUUCGCUUCACUCGAUGCAGAAAUGCGCACGUAUGACUUGUGGCCAAGUGUGAAGACGAAGUCGAGAUGUCUUGUGGAGUACUCCAAUGGCAAAUGUGCUGGGGCUAUUUGUGGCAGCAUCCACUGGACCAACCUCAUGCCGAACCACGUCAGCAACAAACACCACGAUGUAUGGUUAAACACGGAGAACAAAGCGGAGUUGUACGAACGCCUUUCAAAAGAAGACGCGUUCCCUUUCCUGAAGGAAGUUGCCCGGAAACGUGUGGCCCGA